UGGAUCAAAGAAGUCAAAACCCCAAAAGAAUAUAGUAAAAAAUUCUCAAUAUCAUCAUAUAUGGAUUCAAAACGUUUUCAAGGAAUCACUACAUGCCUCUUGUUCUUGGUAGUAGUAACAAAUGCGCAAACUUCAAUUUUCGAUGUAAAAACUUUUGGAGCAAAGGGUGAUGGAAGAACUGACGAUAGUCAGGCAAUUGGAAAAGCAUGGAAUAAAGCCUGCACCUCUCCUAAGCCGAGUCGGGUAUUGAUAUCAAAAGGGACAUACAUCGUGGGGUCGUUUGUUUUCCAAGGACCCUGCAUGGCGUCACCGAUUAGCGUCGAUGUCCAAGGAACUCUCCAGGCUCCGGUCAACCCCAAUCAAUUGCUGACCAAGAACAGUUGGAUUGCUUUCCAAAAUCUCAAUAAUUUGAGGGUCUUCGGAGGUGGAGUCUUCGAUGGUCAAGGAGCUUUAGCAUGGUCUCAGAAUAGUUGUGCAAAAUUGAAAAGAUGUAGUGGUUCGCUUGCCAUGAAUAUUGGAAUAACUGGCGUGACUAAUUCAGUGAUAAACAACAUAACGUCGCUAAACAGCAAGUUGUUCCACAUGAAUGUACUAGGAUGCAACAACGUAACACUUAAGAAAAUUAAGAUAAUAGCCCCUGAACAGAGCCUAAACACGGACGGUAUUCACGUGGGGCGGUCGACGAAUGUCAACAUCAUCGACACCAACAUUAAAACCGGAGACGACUGCCUUUCUUUUGGUGACGGAAGCCAACAAAUUACGGUCGAGAGAGUGACGUGUGGCCCCGGUCAUGGCAUUAGCAUUGGAAGCCUAGGAAAGUACCCAAACGAGCAGCCCGUAAAGGGAAUCACAGUAAAAAAUUGCACUCUCACCAACACCCAAAACGGGGUUCGUGUCAAAACCUGGCCAGCUUCCCCCAUUGGUGUGGCCUCAGACAUGAAUUUCGAUGAUAUUGUUAUGAAAAAUGUCGGCAAUCCUAUCCUAAUAGACCAACACUACUGCCCAUAUAACCAAUGCAAAGACAAGAUUCCUUCUCGGAUAAAGAUCAGCAAUGUUAUGUUCAAGAACAUUCGGGGAACGUCGACGACGCAGACGGCGGUGAAGAUUGCGUGCAGCGCGGGAGUACCGUGCCAGAAUGUGGCGAUUAGUAAUGUAAACUUGAAAUUCAAUGGAGUGGGUGGUCCUGCUGUAUCCGAAUGCUCAAAUGUGAAGCCUACAAUUUUUGGCAACGUCUACCCCCGUGUUUGUGCAAGGAGAGCAUCUCUUUAGAUUCAGUCUCCUAUAUUGCACCCCUUUGAUACUACUGUGCAUCAAUGAGUGGUGGCACGCACAUAUAUAUAUAAUAUGUAAUAAUAGAUACAUCCUUGUUUGGUAGUCAUACAUGUAAAUAAGGCUGGAAAAAGUUGCAUAAUAUCGGGUUGAGUUUCGUACGUACGUCCUAGCUAGUCCAAAAUUUACCUUGUGAAAUUUUUUAAUAGGACAAUAAUAUAUAUAUACACGACAAUUCUUUUACAGGAUCUUCAUAGGGUCUUCACUUUAAGCCCUAUCGGUGGGGCUCUUAGUGUUUCUCGACCUGUGAAUAGUUUUCGGCGAUAUUUUUUUUAUAACAGUGUAUAUUUU